AUGAGCUCGUGGAAUUACGUCGUCACGGCUCACAAACCCACUAGUGUCACUCACUCGUGCGUUGGGAACUUCACCAGUCCUCAAGAGCUCAAUCUCAUUGUCGCGAAAUGUACUCGAAUUGAGAUCCAUUUGCUUACCCCACAGGGACUUCAGCCUAUGCUGGAUGUUCCCAUAUAUGGAAGAAUCGCUACUUUGGAAUUGUUCCGGCCACAUGGAGAAGCACAAGACUUUCUGUUCAUUGCAACUGAGAGAUACAAGUUCUGUGUUCUUCAAUGGGACUCUGAGUCCUCUGAGCUUAUUACAAGAGCAAUGGGGGAUGUUUCUGAUCGUAUAGGCAGACCAACAGACAAUGGGCAGAUUGGCAUAAUUGAUCCAGAUUGUAGAUUAAUUGGACUCCAUCUGUAUGACGGCUUGUUCAAGGUUAUUCCAUUUGAUAAUAAGGGGCAGCUCAAGGAAGCUUUCAAUAUCAGGCUGGAGGAAUUGCAGGUUCUGGAUAUCAAGUUUCUGUUUGGAUGUGCAAAGCCCACAAUUGCGGUUCUUUACCAGGACAACAAAGAUGCUCGUCAUAUGAAAACAUAUGAAGUCUCUCUAAAAGAUAAGGAUUUUGUCGAGGGUCCAUGGCAACAGAACAAUCUCGACAAUGGUGCUGACUUACUAAUUCCUGUGCCACCACCUCACUGUGGCGUCCUUAUUAUCGGGGAAGAGACAAUUGUCUACUGCAGUCCUACUUCAUUGAAAGUAAUACCAAUAAGACCUUCCAUCACUAAAGCAUAUGGAAGAGUUGAUGUUGAUGGUUCUAGGUAUCUUCUUGGUGAUCAUGCUGGACUGAUUCAUCUGCUUGUUAUAACUCACGAGAAAGAAAAGGUCACUGGCCUAAAAAUUGAGCUUUUGGGUGAAACGUCUAUUGCAUCAAGUAUAUCGUACCUUGACAAUGCCGUUGUCUUUGUCGGCUCAAGCUAUGGCGAUUCACAGCUAGUAAAGCUAAAUCUACAUCCUGAUGCAAAAGGCUCAUACGUAGAAGUCUUGGAAAGGUAUAUCAACUUGGGGCCUAUUGUCGACUUUUGUGUAGUCGACCUCGAGAGACAAGGACAAGGUCAGGUUGUAACUUGUUCUGGAGCAUUUAAGGAUGGUUCACUCCGUGUAGUCCGCAAUGGAAUUGGAAUCAAUGAACAGGCCUCUGUGGAACUUCAAGGUAUCAAGGGAAUGUGGUCGUUGAAAUCUUCGAUUGAUGAAGCCUUCGACACAUUCCUUGUAGUUAGCUUUAUCAGUGAAACUCGCAUAUUAGCCAUGAAUCUUGAGGAUGAACUGGAAGAGACGGAGAUUGAGGGUUUCUUGUCUCAAGUGCAGACUUUAUUUUGCCAUGAUGCUGUGCACAAUCAACUUGUACAGGUUACUUCAAAUUCUGUUAGACUUGUCAGCUCUACAACUAGAGAACUGCGGGAUGAGUGGCACGCCCCAGCGGGAUUCACUGUUAACGUUGCAACCGCAAAUGCCAGCCAGGUUCUUUUGGCAACUGGAGGUGGCCAUUUGGUUUAUCUAGAAAUCGGAGACGGGAAACUGACGGAAGUGCAACAUGCCCUUUUGGAGUACGAAGUUGCUUGCCUCGAUAUAAAUCCUAUCGGCGACAAUCCUAAUUACAGUCAGCUAGCUUCGGUGGGGAUGUGGACAGAUAUAAGUGUGAGGGUUUUUUCGCUGCCGGAAUUGACUCUUAUUACGAAGGAGCAACUAGGAGGAGAGAUCAUUCCCCGAUCUGUUCUUCUCUGUGCAUUCGAAGGGAUAUCUUACUUGCUUUGUGCUCUUGGAGAUGGCCAUCUUUUGAACUUCCAGUUGGAUACAACCACCGGGCAAUUGAAAGACAGAAAGAAAGUAUCACUCGGGACUCAGCCAAUAACUCUGCGUACAUUUUCAUCUAAAAAUGCCACACACGUCUUUGCUGCAUCAGAUAGACCAACCGUCAUCUAUAGCAGCAACAAGAAGCUGUUAUACAGCAAUGUCAAUCUUAAAGAAGUUAGUCACAUGUGUCCUUUCAACUCUGCUGCUUUCCCCGACAGCUUAGCAAUUGCUAGGGAAGGUGAACUUACAAUAGGCACCAUUGAUGAUAUUCAGAAGCUUCACAUCCGCACUAUUCCUCUUGGAGAGCAUGCACGUCGUAUCUGCCAUCAGGAGCAGACGCGUACAUUUGGGAUCUGCAGUUUGGGGAACCAGACAAAUGCCGAAGAAUCUGAGAUGCAUUAUGUCCGUCUCCUUGAUGACCAAACUUUCGAAUUUGUGUCAACUUAUCCAUUGGAUGCCUUUGAAUACGGUUGCUCCAUACUAAGCUGCUCGUUCACCGAUGACAAAAAUGUCUACUACUGCGUUGGAACCGCUUAUGUUUUACCUGAGGAAAAUGAACCAACUAAGGGAAGGAUAUUAGUAUUUAUAGUUGAAGAUGGGAGAUUGCAGCUUAUUGCCGAGAAAGAAACCAAAGGAUCUGUUUAUUCUCUGAAUGCCUUUAAUGGGAAACUUCUGGCUGCUAUCAACCAGAAGAUUCAGUUAUACAAGUGGACGCUACGUGAUGAUGGCACUCGUGAAUUACAGUCUGAAUGUGGACAUCACGGACACAUUCUAGCUCUCUAUGUACAGACCCGUGGAGACUUUAUAGUUGUUGGUGAUCUCAUGAAAUCAAUCUCCUUGCUGAUUUACAAGCACGAGGAAGGUGCGAUUGAGGAACGUGCUCGGGAUUACAAUGCGAAUUGGAUGUCAGCGGUUGAGAUACUGGAUGACGAUAUCUACCUUGGUGCUGAGAACAAUUUCAAUUUGUUAACAGUGAAGAAGAACAGUGAAGGUGCUACUGAUGAAGAACGAGGGCGUUUAGAGGUAGUUGGGGAGUAUCACCUUGGGGAGUUUGUGAACAGAUUCCACCAUGGAUCUCUUGUAAUGAGGCUGCCGGAUUCAGAGAUUGGUCAGAUCCCAACUGUCAUCUUUGGUACAGUCAAUGGAGUGAUUGGAGUGAUAGCUUCACUGCCUCAAGAACAGUAUAGUUUCUUGGAGAAAUUGCAGUCGAGUUUGAGGAAAGUGAUUAAAGGAGUUGGUGGGUUAAGCCAUGAGCAGUGGAGGUCGUUUAAUAACGAGAAGAGGACAGCGGAAGCGAGGAACUUCUUGGAUGGAGACUUGAUCGAAUCGUUUCUGGAUCUGAGCAGGAACAAGAUGGAGGAUAUAUCUAAAUCCAUGAAUGUUCAAGUGGAAGAGUUGUGUAAGAGAGUUGAAGAGCUCACCAGGCUUCACUAA